AACAAGUGCACACAUUAGAACAAAUCCAAGUAUCAAGUUGUUACAAUCUCAGAUCGAAGUUCUGCAAGCUGAACAAAUUAAAAUGUUUGCCGAACUCAACGCAAAAAUUGACAAAAUAUCUACAAUCAACUUAGAAAAGACAAAUUUUGCCAACAGCUGUGCGGAAGCCACUUCACUGAGUCGUCGGAGUGGCGUCUAUCAAAUCCGAAUACCCGAUUACAGUCCAUAUCCGUUUAUGGUCAGCUGCGACGAGGAUGCCAACGGCGGAGGAUGGACAAUUGUGUUGCGACGUGAAGACGGAAGUGUCAACUUUUAUAGGAACUGGAAAGACUAUAAGCAAGGAUUUGGAAAUAUGAACGGCGAAUUCUUCAUAGGCUUGGAAAAAUUGCAUAUGCUGACUAAAGAACAGGAUCAAGAAUUGCUUUUUCUUAUGGAGAAUUCGAAGGGCGAAACAAAAUUUGCAAAAUAUUAUCAAUUUGCGAUUAGUAGCGAGAAGAACUUGUAUGCUUUACAAACAUUGGGCGAAUAUUCUGGAGACGCUGGUGACUCUUUCUCAGGGCAAAUGAGUUACAAUUUUUCAGCUCGGGAUCGAGAUAAUGAUGUGUAUACUGGAAAUUGUGCUCUUGAAUAUCGAGGUGGCUGGUGGUACAAUAAAUGUCAUGGCAGUAAUCUAAUGGGCAUAUAUAAUGAGACGACCUAUGGAAAAGGAGUUAUGUGGAACACAUUUUCGGGCUUAAAUGAUUCAUUAAAAAUGGCCAAAAUGAUGAUAAGGCCGCGGAGAUAAUAAUAAAGUCAAUCGAAGUCAAAUCAAUAUAUUACUAAAUAAAUUGAUUGUACUACUGCUUCUGUAUUAUAUAUGGAACAUCAAUAAACAACACUGUUUAAAAGAU